CACCAACUCGACAUCCACGGGAACACAAAAAACCUUGUAUUUCAAGCUACAGACCAGAUAUCGAUAAACAGACUUCAGCAAUGACUUCGGGCAAUGCCAAGCGUCCAGGCCGUGCCCGUAAAACCCCGGCUUGACAACAGGUUGCGGAGCUUGAACCAGACAUACCCGUGACCCGGUCUGACGCACCUACUUGAUGAUGCAACUACGGAGAUGAUUGAAACUGCGGCUUUACCCUUGCUGAGCCGUGCCUCCAAGGCCAGGCCGGUUGUUUCACGCCCAGGCCGAAGUGCUUAUUCGGAACUCCUCACCGAAAUGAAACCGCAGAGUGUAGCGGGCCCGCAUAUCAAGGACAAGGUCCUGUUGCGUCCCAAUCAUGACCAGACCUUCAGCACGGAGGUCAGUGAAGACGACGACACCCUCGAAAUUGCCUACAGAGUUGUCAGAGGUAACUUCCGCCUAGGGCCUACAAGCAUUACGGGAAUCAAUGAAUGGCGAGCCUUCCUUGAGGAGAUGGAGGACCUGCGUACGCAUUGGAAGCUCAAUGACUUCAUGGUCUACCUCGACUGUGCUACUAACUAUAUCCCUCCACCUGGUACAGACGAAUCUUUGAGUGACGAAGAACCAUCCUCAACCGGGCACAGCGGUAAGGGCAGUAAGGCAGGGAAAGGGUCCCGUACGAUGCAAAUGCGUGAUGCAAAUGCGUGAUGCUUUAUCGAGGGGAGAGGUUCAGUGUGCUGAGACCAUGGUUUUACUCCAGAAAAAACGGAGUUGUGCUCAGCACGGGACUUUUUCCUACCGGCAUCCAGUAACCAAUAAGAACGACCAUUUGCGGUUGGAGGCUCAUUUAUCUGAUGCCUGGGUUGAUGCUAUGAUCUGCGCUGAACCGUCUAGCACCUUGUCAUGCCCACUGCUGAUCGAACCAUUAUUGUCGAUCCUCGAACAAAUAACCGCAAAAAGAGACCACCCCCUCCAGUCUUUGCCAAGCAAUCAACUCCUGCUCCUAGUCAACCACAACCGUAGCUCCCGGUGCCUUCGUAGCGCUUAUUGAACUGAUUGAGCAUGUCCCUCUGUUUACCCAUGUUUUUUACGAUUUGGUGAAUCUGGAGCAUAUCCAUAUUCCAGG